AUGGCCAAUAGUAAGUAUGAGUAUGUGAAGAGGGAGUUCGAAUUCCACCGCCACCUCCCGGCCUCCAACUGGAUCGUCGUCCGCAUCGAUGGCUGCCAUUUCCACCGAUUCUCGGAGUUGCAUGCCUUUGAGAAACCAAAUGAUGAGAGAGCCUUACGAUUGAUGAACGCAUGUGCCACUUCUAUGCUCGAGGAAUUCCCUGACAUAGUGUUUGCUUAUGGUGUUAGUGAUGAGUACAGUUUUGUUUUCAGAGAGAAAACUGAAUUCUAUAAAAGGCGGGAAAGCAAAAUUAUCUCUGUAUGUGUUUCUCACUUCACAUCUGUGUACGAUAUGAAGUGGAAAGAUUUCUUUCCUAAUAAUGAUUUGAAGGAGCCUCCAUAUUUUGAUGGGCGAGUUGUAUGCUAUCCAAAUAUAAAUACUAUUCGUGAUUAUUUGACAUGGAGACAAGUGGACUGUCAUAUAAAUAAUCAGUACAAUACAUGCUUCUGGGCGUUGGUGAAGUCCGGAAAAACUGAAAAAGAGGCACAUCAAGCAUUGAAGGGAACAUUUUCUAAGGACAAGAACAAGUUGCUUUUGCAACAGUUUCAAGUCAACUAUAAUGAUGAACCGGCUAUGUUUCGGAAAGGAUCCAGUGUUUAUCGAGAUAAGGUCAAAACAGAUGACUGUGGGAAUCCCAUAAAAAGAACCCGUGAGGCAAUUACAGUGUCAAAUUUUGAUCUCAUAGGUCCUGAGUUUUGGGAAAACCAUCAAUACAUUCUUGGAGAAGCAUCAGACUACCUGUGUCUUGGGGGGAAAGAAAAAUAUGGAUAUGAGUAUGUGAAGAAGUUUGACAACAUCCAUAGGCUUCCAUAUUCUAAUUGGACCAUUGUUCGUAUUAGCGCCUGCCAAUUUGAUCAAUUCUCACUGGUCCAUUCAUUUGACAAGCCAAAUGAUGAGACUGCUUUAAGAUUGAUGAACGCCUGUGCUUCAUUGAUGAUGGAGCAAUUUCCUGAUAUUAUCUUUGGCUAUGGUUUUGACAAUGAGUACAGCUUUGUGUUCCAGGAGAAGACUGAAUUGUAUCAGAGAGAUGAGAGAUUAAUCAUUUCUUCAUGUUCAUCAUGUUUCACUUCCUUUUACAUGAUGAAGUGGAAAGAAUAUUUCCCCAGUAAAGAGCUAGUGCAGCCACCACACUUCCAAGUAGAAGUUUCCUGUUACCCAGAACCAAGGAUCGUUUGUGAUUAUUUGUCCCGGAGGCAAUCAGAAUGUCACAACAGAAAUCAAUACACUACAUGCUUUUGGAUGUUGGUGAAAUCUGGAGAAGGCGAAAACAAAGCUAAGGAGAUACUGAAGGACACAUUACCAAAGGACAAGAAUGAGUUACUUUUUCAGCGAUUUCAAAUGAACUACAACAAUGAACCGGCUAUGUUUCGAAAGGGUUCGUGUGCUUACCAUCAAAAGGUGGAAGCCAGUGAAGAUGAGCGGUGGGAUGUGGCGGUGGCCCACGUAGACACGGGGCCACACUUUUGGGCAAAGCAUUCUUAUGUUUUCGACAGAAGAUGA